CUUAGGGAAAACAUUAUUUAAAAUAAUUAAAUCAUGUAGAAAAUAAACUGAUCAGUUGUUGUUGCAGUGAUAAUAAUACAGAGGCGAUGUGCCAAAAUUGAAUGAAGAAUUGAGAUUUGAGAGAGAGAGAAAGAAAGAGGAACUUGAAAGGAAGAUUUCAAUUUGAAGGCAUGAUUUCAAUGUAACACAUCAGCUUGAUUUAUGCCCUAACACUCCCGAUCUCGCUCUCGGGCUGUGCUUCAUCUUGGGAAUUCUAGUGGUAAAUGUCAGGCAGAUCUGCUUGAUAAAAUGGGACAUGUGAAGUUGCAAACACAAACUGGCAUCAAUGCAAUAGAAGAGGGAUCUGAGCAGUUUGAUGCUGGAUAUCCUAACAAAACUACUGUGGCAUGCAUGAUCAAUGCAGAAAUUGGUGCUGUUUUGGCUGUCAUGAGAAGAAAUGUUAGAUGGGGAGUUCAUUAUAUGUCAGAUGAUGAUCAAUUGGAGCAUUCCCUUGUUCAGUCUCUGAAGGCACUAAGGAGGCAAAUUUUUUCAUGGCAGAAUCAGUGGCAUGUCAUAAGCCCGGCAUUGUAUCUCCAGCCUUUUCUGGAUGUGAUUCAAUCUGAUGAAACUGGUGCACCAAUUACUGGUGUUGCUCUAUCAUCUGUUUACAAGAUCUUAACAUUGGAUGUAAUUGAUGAAAACACUGUUAAUGUCGGGGAUGCCAUGCACUUGGUAGUUGAUGCUGUCACGAGUUGCAGGUUUGAGGUGACUGAUCCUGGAUCAGAAGAAGUGGUAUUAAUGAAGAUAUUACAAGUUCUUCUAGCAUGUGUGAAAAGUAAAGCAUCUGUGAUGCUGAGUAACCAACAUAUUUGCACCAUAGUGAAUACUUGUUUCCGUAUAGUUCAUCAAGCAGGAACCAAAAGUGAGUUGUUGCAGCGGAUAGCACGUUACACAAUGCAUGAACUUGUUCGGUGUAUUUUUUCUCACCUUCAAGAUAUUAACAACACAGAACUUGCAUUGAUAAAUGGGGAAACUGCUUUAAAACAAGAGACUGGUGGGCUAAGUAACGAGCAUAAUUCUGCAAACAGACAAUUGGAGAAUGGGAGUUUGAAUUCUGCAAGUGAUGGUCAACCCUUAUCCACAGGAAUUGCUUCUAGUACUGUGAGUGAUGUGGCAGGGACUGUAGUGGAUGAAGACACAGCUAUUGCUAGCAAUGGCAAGGGGACUGAUCCGAGUGAAUUGCAGCUUAUGAAGGAACCAUAUGGGAUUCCCUGCAUGGUGGAAAUAUUUCACUUUUUGUGUUCUUUGUUGAAUGUUGUUGAACACAUGGGAGUGAGUCCUCGAUCAAACACAAUAGCAUUUGAUGAAGACGUGCCUCUUUUUGCCUUAACUUUGAUUAAUUCAGCCAUAGAGUUGGGAGGGGCUUCCUUUCACCGACACCAUAGAUUGCUGAGCUUAAUUCAGGAUGAAUUAUUCCGCAAUCUUAUGCAAUUUGGUUUGUCAAUGAGUCCUCUUGUACUUUCAAUGGUAUCUAGCAUUGUUCUAAAUUUGUAUCAUCAUCUUCGCACAGAACUCAAAUUACAGCUAGAAGCAUUUUUUUCUUGUGUAAUUUUGAGGCUUGCACAAAGCAAAUAUGGAGCUUCAUAUCAGCAACAGGAAGUUGCCAUGGAGGCCCUUGUUGACUUUUGCAGGCAAAAAACAUUCAUGGUGGAGAUGUAUGCCAACUUUGACUGUGACAUAACUUGCAGUAAUGUCUUUGAAGACAUUGCUAAUUUGUUGUCCAAAAGUGCAUUUCCUGUGAACAGUCCAUUGUCUUCCAUGCAUAUUCUUGCUUUGGAUGGUCUUAUUGCUGUCAUGCAAGGAAUGGCUGAAAGGAUAGGCAAUGGAUCUUUAAGUUCUGAACAAUAUCCUGUGAAUCUUGAGGAGUAUACUCCAUUCUGGCUGGAAAAGUGUGAAAAUUUCAGUGAUCCAAAUAAUUGGGUUCCUUUUGUAUGCCGGAGAAAGUACUUCAAGAGAAGAUUGAUGAUUGGAGCCGAUCAUUUUAAUCGUGAUACUAAGAAAGGUCUUGAGUUUCUCCAAGGAUCACAUCUUUUACCUGACAAACUUGAUCCCCAAAGUGUUGCCUGCUUUUUCAGAUACACUGCUGGGUUGGAUAAGAAUCUCAUUGGUGAUUUUCUAGGAAAUCAUGAUGAAUUCUGUGUUGAGGUUCUUCAUGAAUUUGCUAGAACAUUUGAUUUCAAAGACAUGAUGUUAGACACUGCCCUACGUCUAUUUUUGGAGACUUUCAGACUUCCUGGAGAAUCACAGAAGAUACAGAGGGUGCUUGAAGCUUUCUCCGAGAGAUAUUAUGAACAGUCUCCUCAUAUCCUAGCCAAUAAGGAUGCUGCUCUGUUGUUAUCAUACUCAAUUAUAAUGCUUAACACAGAUCAGCACAAUUCGCAGGUCAAAAAGAAGAUGACAGAAGAUGAUUUUAUCCGAAAUAAUAGGCGAAUAAAUGGGGGCAGUGAUCUACCUCGAGAGUUCCUGACGGAACUUUACCAUUCAAUAUGUAAAAAUGAGAUCCAGACAACUCCUGAGCAAGGUUCUGGUUUUCCUGAAAUGACCCCAAGUCGGUGGAUUUAUCUCAUGCACAAAUCAAAAAAAUCUGCUCCAUUCAUCGUUUCUGAUUCUGAAGCAUACCUUGAUUAUGACAUGUUUGCUAUAUUGUCUGGUCCAACAAUUGCUGCCAUUUCUGUAGUAUUUGAUAAUGCUGAGAAUGCAGAGGUAUACCAAACAUGUAUGGAUGGGUUCAUAGCUGUUGCAAAGAUAGCAGCUUACUAUCAUCUAGAAAAUAUACUGGAUGAUUUGGUUGUGUCACUUUGUAAGUUUGUAACUGUUUUUGAUCCAUUAUCUGUUGAGGAGUCAAUCCUAGCCUUUGGAGAUGACACGAAAGCAAGAAUGGCAACUGAGACAGUUUUCACUAUUGCAAAUAGGUAUGGUGAUUACAUCCGCACAGGGUGGAGGAAUAUUCUUGAUUGCAUCCUAAAAUUUCACAAGUUAGGUCUUCUUCCUGCACGAAUGGCCAGUGAUGCAGCUGAAGAGUCAGAGCUUUCUACAGAAACUGAGCAUGAUGGGGGGAAGCGUAAUACUAAUUCUUUAUCUUUAUCCCAUCUUCCAUCUGUUAGUACUCCAAAGAAAUCCUCAGGAUUGAUGAGCAGGUUUAGUCAACUCUUAUAUCUUGGCACUGAAGAGCCAAGAUCAGUACCUACUGAGGAACAACUUGCUGCUCAGCAGUCCACCCUUCAAACAAUUCAGAAGUGUCACAUUGACAGCAUAUUCUCUGAGAGUAAAUUUUUGCAGGCUGAUUCUCUAUUGCAGCUUGCAAAAGCACUCACUAGUGCAGGAGUGCGGUCUAAGAAAGGGAACAGCUCAUUUGAGGAUGAAGAUACUGUGGUUUUCUGCCUGGAGUUACUGGUAGCCAUCACUCUGAAUAACAGGGAUAGAAUAGAACUUCUUUGGCAGGGUGUUUAUGAGCAUAUUUCCAAUAUUGUUCAGUCAACUGUGAUGCCUUGUGCAUUGGUAGAGAAGGCUGUUUUUGGCCUCCUACGGAUUUGUCAUCGCUUGCUUCCCUACAAAGAGAACAUUACUGAUGAACUUCUGAGGUCUCUGCAACUUGUCCUGAAGCUUGAUGCACGUGUUGCCGAUGCAUACUAUGAGCAGAUUACACAGGAAGUUAGUCACCUCAUGAAGGCAAAUGCUUCUCACAUUAGAUCUCAUUUAGGAUGGCGGACGAUUACAUCACUGCUUUCCAUCACUGCUAGACACCUGGAAGCAGCUGAGGCUGGGUUUGAUGCACUGGUGUUCAUUAUGUCAGAUGGAGCCCACUUGCUUCCCGCUAAUUAUGUUCUCUGUGUAGAUGCUGCGAAGCAGUUUGCUGAAUCUCGUGUUGGACAGGUAGAACGGUCUGUAAUGGCCCUUGAUCUUAUGGCAGGGUCUGUCAGUUGUUUAGAGAAGUGGACUAAUGAUGCCAAGCAAGCAGCAAAAGAAGAGGAGGUGGCAAAGAUGUUACAGGAUAUUGGGGACAUGUGGUUGAGGCUCAUACAGGGAAUAAAAAAACUAUGUCUAGACCAGAGAGAGGAGGUUAGAAACCAUGCAUUGUUAUCUUUGCAAAAUUGCCUUACAGGAUCAGUUGGGGUUAAUCUCUCACAUAGCUUGUGGUUACAAUGUUUUGAUCAAGUGAUCUUCACUGUGGUUGAUGACCUCCUUGAAAUUUCUCAGACACACUCUCAGAAGGAAUACCGGAACAUAGAAGGAACACUUGUUCUUGCUUUGAAGCUCUUGUGUAAAAUUUUCCUCCAGUUAAUCCAAGCCCUAUCACAGUUGACUGGCUUCAGUGAAUUAUGGUUGGCUGUUCUAAGUCGGUUAGAAUCUUAUAUGAAAGUGAGAGUUAGGGGAAGGAGAAGCGAGAAGCUUCAGGAGCUGGUACCUGAGCUACUGAAGAACAUAUUGCUUGUUAUGAAAGCAACUCGGGUACUAGUGCGAAGCAGUAGUGUAGAUGGAAAUAGUUUAUUUGAACUGACAUGGCAGCAUAUAAAUAAUAUUGCUCCAUCAUUGAAAUCUGAGUUGUUUCCUGAGCAAGACACUGAAAAAGUUGAAGGUGUGAGACCUGAUGAAAACAAUUCUGUGUCUUCAAAAGAAACAGCAGGUCAAGAUGGUCCUGGUAUUGGUUAAUCACAGUUUCAGCCCUGUGGGGCAACCUGAAUUGGCUUUGAUUGUGUCCCUUUGAACCCAUGGUCUCGGUCCUUGGUUGUUUUCUUUUUUGUUUUUUUCUGAGGUUGUUUGGGUUCUCUUAAACUGAUUAUGCAGUGUUACAGAUCUCAUUCACAUCUCCAUUGGGACGCUUGAUGCUAUUGUAAGAUUUUUGGUUGAAGAUAUGUUAUGGCUUGAGACACAUUAGAACGAGCCAUUGUAGUAUUAUCCUUAUAGAGACCGCCUCCUUUCUCCAUGAGCCACGCCUGAGCUGGUUAACUGCAAAUUGAUUUGGAGUCCUUCUUACUAAAUUGUACAGAACUCGAUAUUCUCUUCACUUAGCUGCGAGAUGUAAUUUACUCGGUAUGAUGCAAGCAACACAAGUUUUGAAAUUGUCAUGAAUAGAUAUAUUUGAACGUCCAAGAGUAUGCCUUAAUUGAUUUA